UUUUAGGUAUAAAGACACAAGUCACAAAAGGGCAAAUCCACCAGUUGUUGAACUGCUGAUCAACUCAACACCACCGCUUGAUCAUCCUCCAGUCUGCAGAUGAACACCACCGAGUUCCAGCAAAACCUCACAGACGAAUUUUGCUAUCCUGACAACAACAACUCAUGCACAAAGAGGUUUCAACGCAGCAGCGGCCACGUCUUCCUCUUCUUCUUACUCUCAUGCAUCUCGGUGACCACCGUGCUCCUGAACCUGCUGGUGAUCAUCUCUAUUUCCCACUUUAAACAGCUGCACACGCCAACCAAUCUGCUCAUCAUGUCUCUGGCGGUGGCCGACCUCCUUGUUGGACUCAUAGUGAUGCCUGUGAAUAUUCUGGACCUAAUAGACAGCUGCUGGUAUCUCGGGAAAACCAUGUGCGCACUUUAUCCUGUGCUUAAUUAUAUUUCCGUGUCGGCUUCGGCCGGAAGCCUGGUGUUCAUCGCGGUCGAUCGGUACAUCGCCGUCUCCAACCCUUUGUUUUAUUCCACCCGAAUGACAAUUUGUAAAACCUCCUUCUUCAUAAGUCUGACCUGGUCUUGUGCUAUUCUGUAUAACAUUUUAUUUUAUCUUUUCAACGGCCACCUGCUUCAUCCAGACAUGAUCAACAAAUGUGUCGGAGAGUGUGUGGUGGUUCAAACUCACGCCGCCUCGAUGAUUGACCUGUUCGUUUCCUUCAUCGGCCCUUGUUUCGCCAUGCUGUUUUUGUACCUGAGGAUUUUUAAAGUGGCGAGAUAUCAGGUCAAAUCUAUCAAUGCUUUGGAGUGUGACAAUGCACAUGGGCGUGGGGUCAAAAGUGUAAAAAACAAAGCUGUAAAAACCCUAGGUAUUGUUAUUUUUGUGUAUCUUUCUUGCUGGAUACCUUAUUAUUUGAAUUCCAUGUAUGUUCAAAGCCUGUCGUCCAUGUCACUGGUGUGGAUUGUGCUCAACUGGCUAAUAUACAUUAACUCCUCUGUAAACCCCCUGAUUUACGCCAUAUUUUACCCCUGGUUUAGAGCAUCUGUUAAGUUUAUUGUGACAUGUAGAAUAUUCCAGGCUUCUUCUUCCAAGUUUAAUCUGUUUCCAGAGCCUUUCUGAUGACA